AGAAUUCGUCAUUUCAUUCAAACGGUAAAAAAGAAGACGAAGACGAAGAACAACGAUAUAUUCAUAUUAUAAGAAUAGGAAGUCUUAAAAUGGAUGAUAAAUGGAGAGAAUCUGCUCCUGUUAAUGAUAUUGAAGCUUCUUCUUGGAUCAGGAUUUUUAGAGCUUUCGACACCGAUCACGAUGGUCUUAUUCAAUGCGAAGAAAUGCAAAAGACAAUUCGUGAUAGUACAUAUUCAUUUGGAUUUGAUCAUUACGAACUCCAAAAGAUGUCCUUGUACUUGGAGAUGCGUGAAGGAAAACCUGUCGAUUUUGCUGAUUUCUGUUAUUUGAUGAGCAAAUGCAAAGGAUAUCGUCUACGGGAAUAUCUCUUCAGAGCGGCUCUGACAGUAACCCCAAAGAAUCAAAGAAUUCACGUAUUCAGUGAACUUCAACGCUAUAAAUGUGUUCCACCACCUAUUUUUCUAAUAUUUCUCUCUAUCGUUCAACUCGCUUUCUAUCUCUAUUACGUUGUCGAUUCAUCUGAAGGUGUUUGGCUUUCUGGUCCAAUUCCUACGAUGUCUCCACUUAUUGUUUCUCAAUAUCAUUUACCAGAGCUUUGGAGACUUUUCACUUAUUGUCUAAUCAAUGUUGGAAUUUUUCACAUCAUUUUCAACAUUCUCAUUCAGUUGGCAAUUGGAGUUCCAUUAGAGUUGGUUCAUCGAUGGAGAAUUUAUAUUUUGUAUUUUAUGGGUGUACUUUUUGGUUCAAUUCUAUCCCUGGCUCUUGAUCCAACUGUAUUCCUUUGUGGAGGAGCAGCGGGCUCGUUUUCUCUCAUUGCAUCACACAUUACAACAAUUGCAACAAAUUUUAAAGAGAUGGAGAAUGCAACAUGUCGAUUGCCAAUUCUUAUUGUUUUUGCGGCACUUGACUACGUUUUGGCAGUUUAUCAACGAUUCUUUGCUCCCAGAAUUGAUAAAGUGUCAAUGUAUGGUCAUCUUGGAGGCCUUGUCGCCGGAAUUCUGUUCACAUUCAUUUUAUUCCGUGGAUCCAAACCAUCACGAUUUUAUACUGUUUCUUUUUGGGUGUCCCUUGUACUUUCUGGAUUCUUUAUCGCCAUUUGUAUUACUCUUAUUGCUGCACCCAGUAUGCUUCAUUAAUUUGAAUAAAUCUUUACUAACUG